AUGGGCGCCUUUAGUUCCAAACCAUUAAAAAAAACUCAACGACAAAAUAAACUUAUACUGCAUUUUAAUAAAAAACCAAAAUCAAAAAAACGCUUAAGCGUUUACAAGAUAAUCGAAUCUCAAGAUUAUAAUGAUGUUCCGAGUUCACCAUAUCCAAUCAUAAACAAUGAAUAUGAACUAAAAAAAAUGGAAUACAUUCAUAAAUCUUUCAAAAUAUUUUGGGGCAAUAAUUUUUCUGCGCCUGUAAAAGAAGUGUUGGAAUUAGGUAAUGCGACAGUACUAGAUAUAGGAUGUGGACAAGGCUGCUGGAUAUUAGAUAUGGCACAUGAUUAUCCAAUGUCAAUUUUCAUAGGAGUGGAUUUUUUUCCAAUGUUUCCAAAAAAUAGACCACAAAAUGUCGGAUUCUUGAAAGAGGACGUUCUCAAUGGUAUACCAUUUCCUGAUGAUACAUUUGAUUAUGUUCAUCAAAGGAAUUUGAUGUUGGCGUAUAGAGAAGAGCAAUGGAUUGAAGUUAUUGAAGAGAUUAUACGAGUUACUAAGCCAGGGGGAUUGAUAGAAAUAAUUGAAUUUGAUUGUGAAAUUUAUCAAUCUGGUCCUUUAAUCAAAUUACUUGAGCAGAAAACUUCAAGAGGAAUUGAUUACAAUAUAAAUAAAAGAUUGCCAAAUAUUAUAGACAAAGCCAAUCUUAUUGAUGAUAUUGUUUCAACAAGUAAACAAAUGCCAUUAAAUAGUAAUGAUAGUGCACUUGGACGAAUGGGUGGCGAAAUAAUACUUAACUCGAUUAAAUCAUUGGCUAUUGAUGGAAUAGGUAAUAAAGAAUACGAAUCAAUUGUUGCUGAAUUGAAUGAUCCUGAUUAUAAACCGUAUUUGGUUGUAUCUAGGAUAUGCGCUAAAAAG